GCUGCGAUCUCCUAGAACCUUCCUGUAAGCAGCUGGCGCUGUGAAAGCAUACACCUGUUGAAACCAGCGGCCAGUAUCUGUUACGAAGAAGCAGAAGGAAGCAGCGCGAGCUAAUGCGAGGACGUGCAGAAGUUCCAACAGUCAAGUCGUCGUUCAGUCAUGCAUGGACCUCACCGGACGUAGUUUCUUGUGCUCACACAAUCCCGCUUCACGUUGCACCUUCUGGAAGGUGAGUGUUACGUUAAGAGCUUUGUCUGCAUGAUGCUAUAUCUGUCAAGAUACGCGCAUCUCAUGCGCGGUUUAAAGCACAGUAUAUAGCGUUCGCAGUUUCGGGGAUGUUGGUAACUCCCAAGCUGAAGCCGAGGCGCACUUUAUGCGAUAAUUUUCCUUUCUUCGAACUAUGAGUAAACAAAAGCACACGGUUAAGGCAGGGGUAUCCGUGAUAUAGAUCGAAUCUCCGAAUGGGAAGACCUAACACUGUAGUAAAUUUUAUGCCUGUAACACCAGCACCGACACUUGUGGUAGACUGUUAAUGUAAUAUGUGUAGCAGUGGAUGCUCUGUAAGAUUCAUUCCAUGGUAUACGAUAUUGUCGAAUGCCUUCUUAUAUUCAGUGUUGCGACUAUAAUUUCGAUACAUUUUCAAAUACAAUAGUUUUAAUUUUCCGUAGGUGCGCAACAUCAACCGCGGGGGUCUACAGCUGAACAGCAGCGGCGGACACUGUCGACCCCUCGUAGAUGAACAGGUGGAGCUGUGUACCCGAUCAUUGAGAAAAUAAAGUAGCUUUUCUGUUCGGUCCGGACAAUCCUCACUGGCCCGUAACGCGUGCGUUUUGCGAAGGCCAGGCACUCGAGUCACCUCGCUCCGUGUUAUUCUUUCACAGCUGUGGUUUUGAGAUCACGUUAUCAGUGCUGUUUUCAGGGAAUAUCCCGAGAUGGAAUGUUUUAGCGUAACGGAAUUCAAGUGAAGCGAUUACGUCGUGGCUACUAAUUUUGCUAUUCUUAGUAGAAAGCCUAACUCUGACCACGACGGAGGCAACCACUCGGGAAGUUUUCGUUGAUACUACGACGGCGAUUACUACGACCACGGUGCCAGCUAAGACUACCCACACCACGGCGACUACUACCACGACUACAACCACUACGACAACGACAACAACCACGACUACUACUACUAGCACCACCUUGAAACCACCUUUGCCUCAUACGUUUCUUGCUUGCGUCAGUUCAGUCGUUCAGGCAAUAUUUCACCCACUGGACGAUGUGUGUUACUUCAUGUUCUUCACCGCCCAAGACAUCAAUCAACUAAAAAACAAGAAUCUCGGUCUUGCGAGAAGCAAAAUUGGUAUCGACAUACCGAGCUCAAAAGCCAACGCUAAUCAGGGCAAACUUGAAAAUUCCAUCGCAGCGUACUGGCCAAAGAUCAGAGACUUCGCUGUCCUGGACAUGGAACUCCGUCCAAGUGUUUCAACUUAUGUCGGUCAUGUCGAAGCCUUUCUAACAGAAACGGACAGACUUAUAAAUAUCCAUAUGAGAGCAGAACCAACGCCUAGGAGGAACUUUGGCUACGUGCUUCUAGGUGUGGCCAUACUCCGGGGAAGCCAACAACCAAGCACCCUCAUGGCUAACUUCAAUCAACUUGUACAAGUAAUUAAGCCAGACGCAUUGGUGUACCGAACGACUCUCAAUCGUAAUAUAACGGACCCAAACGUAUGCAGGGCUACAGGACCGUCACCCUGGCAGGGACCUGGCAUGCCGUCUAUGCAGUCAUCAUUCGUUGAGUCGUUGUCAUUCAGGCAUGUGACUGGGUUCCAACCGCUGCCUUUGAAAACAGCAGAAUUGCUCUCUUUUAGCGCUGCGGCCCUUAUAACUGCCUACACGGAUCCUUAUACACCACUCACUGCUGCAUGCCGGAGUGUCACCCAGGCGAAUCCAAAAGAAUUGGUGUGCCAAAAUGGACGAUAUCAUGAUAUAGUGACCAACCGUAAUAUGUACCUUGAAACCGACACCAUCCGAUUCGACGAAUGGGGCGGUACGUUUGACACCACUAUCAUAGUAGCGUACGACUCGGAUUGCACUAUGUCGACAAAGAUGUGUCUGUCUUUCAAUACCUAUGGCUUCACGGGCGGCUACGUCAUCUUUGACGUUCACUUCCACUACCUGUGUUCAGCACCUCCAGCAUUCGUAGAUUCCAAGGGUGACUUUGGCGUUGUGAAGUGGGCGAAAGUUAAUAUGCACAAGAACUACGCCGGGUUAGAUUGCGAGAAGCUCUGCUGAUAAGCUCAUGGGCAAAGAAUGUGAUUGUCAUUUGGAUGCGGAGUAUUGUUUACAUGGCCGUGAAGCAAUCUCAUGUGAUAUGACGCAAUAUAAAAUGUUCCAUCCAUAACUCCUGCCAGCAGUAUUCCUGCCGUGUUAGACAGCGUAGGGGCUGUGUUAUGCUGCCUCGCGUGAUGGCUGAGCCAAAGUCUUAAGCGAAACCUGGAAAGCCGAAGUCCAUAAGUAUGGACUCAAAUAUAAAGCUGAGAAGUGUCGCCUUUGCAUUUGAGUACGGCCAGGCGGAUAUCCUCUCGUAGACAGUACGUAUACUGCAAUACUGUUGGGCAAAGGCCGUUCUAUCCUAAAAAUCGUGAACCCCAAUUUUGCUAUGGAAAUGAAUGAGCCAGGGAAUGAAUGGACCAUGGUAGGUUUCAUUUAU